AUGCAAAAGCUGAACGAGAUUCAUGACGACGAUGACAAUGGUCCUCGCAUCUCCAUCAGGGCCGUUCAAUUUGGCUGCCUGGACUACGACGAGUCUACCUUUUCCAUCGAGUGGGAGGAGCGAUUCAACGACAGACAUGCGUACGCGGUAUUCGAUGGCGAGCGUCGCGAGAUUUGCGUGAAGAUGCGGCAUGCGGAUGCUCCUGCGAGGCUCUCCCUCGUCGCCAUGCGUUUCUCGCACAUCAAGUCAUUGUCUGCGCCUCCUUCGCGCCGCUCGCAGGAUCCCUCCCUCACAAUCGUCCUGUCUGUACCUCCCUCAUUCGAAUCAGAAAUAAAGAAUCGUUUCCUCGGUCUGGACGCCAAACGAACGCGCCUCCCACAUCUGCCCUUCGGUGACCACAAGAGAGUCGUCGCGUUCACCUCCUUCGCCCUGCGACUCGAACUGCCAUCGCAGACCGCGCUGCGCGACUUUCGCAAUCUCGCAAAGGAUGCCGGCCUUUGGCACCACGUCGACGAGUAUGACUGUCCUGCCGUCAGGGACGGCGUCUACGCACAGCACGUACUGGACGAGGUGCGGUCGUGGAUGGCUAGAGCGCCCUGGUGCAUCGCCUUCCAGCUCGCCAGCUUAUUGUGCAGUCUACUUAUUCGGCCGGGCGACUUGUUAUCCUUCAGGCCGCAGGUGCGCAAAGUGCAGGAGCGCUUCGGCGAGCAGUACUGCGCGCGCUUUCUGCGGCACUUCCAAGAGCGCCUGGUAGCCUGGAUCUGUUACGAAGACGAUUCCGAGACAGUGCAGGAAUGCUUUGACCGUGCGGCUAAAGACUUCGAGCGCAGAGGGAUCGAGGAGACCGUCCAGCCGACCAAUGUCAGCCUCUUCCAGUCACUGCAUGCCAUCAUCACGCCGACGCGGAUUAUCUUGCAAGGUCCGUAUCCUGAGAGGUCCAACCGCGUCAUCCGCAUGUUCGAUGUACAGCACCAUGAUUCGUUUCUGCGCGUUAGCUUCACUGAGGAGACGAAACUGCAGUAUCGCUUCGACAGGGAGGUCGAUACGGCGUCUUUCGUACGCAGCCGGGUCGGAAGCAUUCUGAAGAACGGCCUCGUCAUCGCAGGUCGCGAAUUCGAGUUCUUGGCAUAUUCGCAGUCGGCUUUGAAGGAGCAUACGGUCUACUUCGUCAAGCCCUUCCGCGUGGGCGACACCGAAGUCAAUGCAGCUUCUGUCAUUGCCAGCAUCGGUAACUUUGAGAAGAGCAGCGACCGCCUUUGUCCUGCUCGCUAUGCUGCGCGCCUCUCGCAGGCAUUUACCGCGACCGACGCCUCGAUCGUCGUCAAUCCCGCGGAGACACACAUCAUCUCUGACAUAUCCACGCCUGACGGGAUGUACCACUUCACCGAUGGCGUGGGGACGAUGUCGAGGGAGAUGGCGGUCGAUGCCUACACUGAGGUCAAUCGAUACAGGAAGCGCGCGAUGAAUGGCAGGGGUAUUCCGGCGGCAUUCCAGAUUCGGUUUAUGGGGUCGAAGGGGAUGCUGAGCGUGGACCAUACGCUGCAAGGACGGGUAGUGUGUUUGCGGGACUCCAUGAUCAAGUUCGACUGCCCGAACAACCGCAACCUGGAGAUUGCGCGUGUGUUCGAUCGGCCUGCAAAGUACUACCUCAAUCGCCCCCUCAUCAUGCUUCUUGAAGGACUUGGCGUGCCCUACGAGACCUUCCUCCAGCAUCAAGACGCGGCCGUCCAGGACGCCUACAGCUCGACUGAGUCGCUGACCAAAGCUGCUCGCAUGCUAGAAGCCCUCGGUCUUGGCACAUCCUUUCGCCUCCCUUCUCUCUUGCUCAACCUCGUGAAGCUUUGCAACAUCGAGAAUCUGGGCGACAACAAGUUCUACAGUCGCAUGCUCGAGUUCGCCAUCCACCACGUCUUGCGGGAGCUCAAGAACCACGCGCGCAUCCCGAUCCCGGGCGCGUACACGCUGGUGGGCGUGGCCGAUGUGCACGGCUAUCUGAAGGAGUGGGAGAUUUUUGCGUGUAUUAAAGCGCACGAUAGUGACGAGGUCAUAUAUCUGGAGGGCGAUAUACUGAUCCCGCGCUCGCCGAGUAUACACCCGGGCGAUGUGCAGAUAGCACGCGCGAUUGGGCGCCCCAGACCGGGUUCGCCGUUUGCUAAGGAGCCCUUGGCGAACACGGUGGUGUUCUCUGUACGCGGUACGCACAUAUCUCUACCAUUAUAG